AUCACCGUUUGAUUAGUAUACUUAUACCUAAAUCAGCGACUCUUUCAAUCAGCAUGAAUAGCUCUGAGUCCGUGCCAUCCAACGCCGACCAGGCAAAAAUCGGGCACAAUGCUAGCAACCGGCGCGAGAGCUUCAGUUCCCAGAACUCGCAGACUGCGAAAGAGUUCAUCGAGAGUCAGAUGCAACUCGAAGCCGAUGCACGCGAAGUCUUGCCUUAUUCAUUCGACUCCUGCACGAAAGCCUUAGGACCACUGCGACAGACUUUAUACGCUUGUUUAACCUGCAAUCCUCCUCCCAAAACCGCCGAUGCGCCGCACAGCGCAGCAGGAGUAUGCUACUCCUGUUCCAUCGCCUGCCAUGGCGAACACACGCUCGUUGAACUAUUUAACAAAAGAAACUUUGUCUGUGAUUGUGGUACGACUCGCGUGCCAUCUUCUGCUCCAUGCAUGCUGCGCAAUGAUCCCAAGACCGGUACGAAGGGUGUCCAUUCUGAAGAACCGCAUCCCGAGAACAAAUACAACCAGAAUUUCCAUAACAAGUUCUGUGGUUGUAGUGAAGACUAUAACGCGGAAGAAGAAAAAGGAACGAUGUUUCAGUGUCUUGGACUGGGAAAUGCUGAAUCGGGCGGCUGUGGCGAAGACUGGUGGCAUCCAGAAUGUCUUAUCGGGCUGCCGCGGGGUUGGUAUAAGGACUUCAAAAAAGACGCGGGUGAGAAUGGUCUGACUGAAGAUGAUGAAGAGACGCCACUUCCUCCGGGAUUCCCAGGGGAAGACGAUUUCGAGACGUUCCUCUGUUACAAGUGCGUUGACUCAAAUCCUUGGUUGAAACGAUAUGCCGGAACGGUGGGCUUCCUUCCCCCUGUGUACAAGGAAGGUGGGUUGCCCAAGACGACCGAAUCUGCACUAGAGACCACGACUACAGAUGUCAAUGAAGAGCCCACCAAACCCAAGAAACGGAAAAUGGAGGAUGAGGAAGAAGGCGAGCCCACUGCGAAGCGGACCAAGGAAGAUACUGAGAACACCCCAUCGGACUCGAAGCCAGAACCCAACCCAGCAACAAAUGAGGAACCUACUCAGGCACCUCCACUGAAGAACAAGCAUGACUCUCUCCCCGACCCUGUUCCUUUAGGCGCAUUCUCCUUAUUCUUGAAAGAAGACUUCCGCGACCACUUCUGCCGCUGCCGCGACUGUUACCCCAAUCUCUCACCGCACAUCCAGUUGCGUGAAGAAGAAGAGACCUACGAGCCCCCGAUCUCUGAAGAUGGGGAGGCCAACGGUGGUGGCAGCACUGGUACCGGUAGCCUGCUUGACCGUGGUGAAGCCGCCUUGAGCAACAUCGACCGUGUGCGAGCCAUCGAAGGCGCAAUGGUAUACAAUCAUCUACGUGACAAAGUUAAGGAGUUUCUGAAGCCAUUUGCGGAGACGGGUAAGGCUGUGGGUGCGGAGGAUAUCAAAGCUUACUUUGAGAAACUUCGCGGCGAUGAACAGCACAUCCAAGAUGCUGCUGGCCAGGCGUCGGCACUCUCUAGUAAGGAUGAUAAUGAUGAUAAUCAUGAGGGUAACGGACGGAGAGAACAGAACGGCUACUAAAUGAUUUCGAUGUAUUUACUUAUGAUCUGAAUUUUUUUCAAUUUCUUCUCAUCUUUGUUUGACAUUUGGCAUUGGGUUUGGGGCAGGUGGGAAACAGGGAUCUUGGGCGCGAAUGUGGGAAUGCAUCUUGAUUGUCUCGUUUACGAUAUCAUAGAUAAAUAUUCGGCAUAUCCGUUUA